UACUAUAUAAUUCGCUGUUUUUGUGUGUGUUAAUAAAUAAAGUCAAAUGUAAUCAAUUCUUUGAAUCACAAGAGUCAUUCAUCAAUUCCAUAUUUAUGUCUUUUGACAUGUCGUUCUCUAGAAGCUUUAGUCACCGUUUCAUCUUGUAUAGAAUUUUGUCAGAUGUUAAGAAGAUUCAAAGGUUGGAUUACAACGAAAAGUCUCUAUACCUGCUCAUUUGAGAUCUUUAUGUGGCUUUGAAGCUGUCUCCUUUUUAAAGCUUAAAGAUUGUUAAGUAAACAUGUUCAAGAGAAGGAAUGCUCACCAACUCGAGGAUGAUUCUCACAAAGAUAACAAGGUUAUCGAGCUGAAAUCUGCGAUAGGACCGCUCUCCGGACAUAGUUUAGUUUUCUGCUCUGAUGCUACCUUGAGGAGAUAUUUGGAUGCUCGUAACUGGAAUGUGGAAAAAGCCAAGAAAAUGAUUGAUGAGACUCUUAAAUGGAGAUCAACAUACAAACCUCAAGAGAUCCGUUGGAAUCAAGUAGCACAUGAAGGUGAGACCGGGAAAGUUUCAAGAGCUACUUUUCAUGAUCGACAAGGUAGAGUAGUGCUUAUAAUGAGACCCGCAUUGCAGAACUCAACUUCACCAGAAGGUAAUAUAAGGCAUUUGGUGUAUCUUCUUGAAAAUGCAAUCCUAAACCUUCCCAAGGGACAAGAACAAAUGUCUUGGCUCAUUGAUUUCACUGGUUGGUCUAUGGCCGCUAAUGUCCCUAUGAAAACAACACGAGAAAUUGUCUACAUUUUACAGAAUCAUUACCCUGAGAGACUCGGUAUGGCUUUUCUGUACAAUCCACCAAGAAUCUUCCAAGCAGUCUACAGGGCUGUGAAGUACUUCUUGGACCCAAGAACAGCUCAAAAGGUGAAUUUCGUGUACCCGAAAGACAAAGCAAGUGAUGAGCUGAUGACAUCACACUUCGAUGUUGAGAAUCUCCCCAAGGAAUUUGGAGGAGAAGCAACACUAGAGUAUGAUCAUGAGGAUUUCUCAAGACAAAUGUGUGAAGACGAUCUCAAAACAGCAAAAUUCUGGGGACUAGAGGAGAAACACUAUCCGAAACCAAACGGUUUCUCUGCAUCCGAUGUUGUUCCUGAGCCGGCGACUUCUAUAGCAUCAGCAGCUAGCUGAGAGUUGAAUAUACACAUAUACAAAGAAACAAGAAGAGAAGAAGAUAAAGGUUUAUUCUCAUUGAUAGAAGACGAAGUGCCAAUAAUAAUAGAAUAUGUGCUGGUUGUAACUUGGAGAUUAAUAAAGUUCUAAAGUCUUUGCCUCUUUUUUCUUAUAAGUGAGCCAAAGAUUAUAUGAUAAUGAAGAGACUACCCUUGCCAUUAAAGCUUUAUGUAAGUGUGAGAAUAUUGUUGUUAUGUGUAAUUCUAGUUUUGUGUUCCUUAAUUGAAGUUAUGAGAUUAUCCUU